AUGGCAGAAAUUAGGACCCAGGGAUGACCUUGGUCUGGAAGUGAGACAGUGGAGUGUGUGUCUAUUGGAGAGAGGAAAAAAAAACACAAUACAAUGUGUGACAGUCACUGGCAUACACAGGACAGGGAUGAGAGUGUGACUGGAGGAGAAAGGGGAAGCAUCAUUUACCAUCUAAAAUCAAAACGAAAUCAAUGAUCAGCACUUCUUAAUUUGGAGAUAUACAUGUGUCAUAAGUCUGGACCUCUGGAGCCUCUUUACAGAAGAACCAAAGCCCGGAUACUGAGUUAACUGGUCUUUAUUACAUGGAUUUUAAAAAGCAGAGCUAUUUUACUUAUUAGAAAAAAAAAAUCAAUAGAAAAGCUGUUCUUCCUCUGGUUGAGGCCUGUCUGAACAUAUGUGGGAUUUCAUCAGGAAGUUUAAUUCAGGCACCUGGUUUACCUGUUUGUUCUGAACUGACUGAACCACACAAACAGAGAGUGGGUCAUGGGAAAUUGACAUAUGAAGACAUCUCAGAUCCAAAUGGAGGAAGUUAUGAAUGAAUAAUGGCCAACAAAACUGGUCCCAUGAUUGCUUCUGUGCCAGAUCACUCGGUGACACACCUCACCACUGCCCCAUGGGAGCCCAAUCCCACAGUUCCUGCCAAUGUGGGCGUUGUCACAAGCUCGCAGUCACAGAUGAAAGACCUUUUUGGGUUGUUUUGCAUGGUGACUCUUAACCUCAUUGCUUUGCUGGCCAACACAGGGGUAAUGGUGGCCAUUGCUCGUGCCCCUCACCUGAAGCGGUUUGCUUUUGUGUGUCACCUUUGUGCAGUGGACCUGGUGUGUGCCAUCCUCCUCAUGCCUUUAGGUAUCAUAUCCAGCUCACCUUUCUUUGGCACUGUGGUGUUUACUGUUCUGGAGUGUCAGGUUUACAUUUUUCUCAAUGUUUUCCUCAUCUGUCUGACCAUUCUGACCAUCACGGCCAUUAGUGUUGAGCGUUACUUCUAUAUUGUACACCCCAUGCGCUAUGAAGUGAAGAUGACCAUCAACGUCGCUAUUGGUGUGAUGCUCCUAAUCUGGGUUAAGUCAGCCAUCUUAGCUUCGGUGACGCUGUUUGGAUGGCCAGCUUACGGACAUCAGAGCUCUAUAGCUGCAGCUCACUGCUCUCUCCAUGCAAGCCACAGUCAUCUAAGAAGUGUGUUUGCUGUGCUCUUCAGUGUGGUGUGUUUCCUGGUUCCUGCAGUGGUUAUCUUUACUGUUUACUGUGCUGUAUACAAGGUAGCUCGUUCUGCAGCCCUGCAGCAAGUUCCUGCUGUGCCUACAUGGGCAAACGCGAGCCCUGCUAAGAAUCGCUCAGACUCAAUCAACAGUCAGACCACCAUGAUUGCCACCACUCGUACUCUGCCCCAAAGACUAUCUCCAGAGAGGGCUUUCAGUGGAGGCAAGGCAGCCCUUACUUUAGUAUUUAUUGUGGGCCAGUUCUUGGUUUGUUGGCUGCCUUUCUUCAUUUUCCACCUCCACAUGUCUCUGACUGGCUCUAUGCAGAGUCCUGGGGACUUGGAGGAGGCAGUCACCUGGAUGGCCUACUCCUCCUUUGCAGUUAACCCAUUCUUCUACGGCCUGUUGAACAGACAGAUCAGAGAAGAGUUGGUAAAGUUUCGACGCUGCUGCUUGACCCAGCCAGCAGAAUUUGGGGCAUCCAGCCACGAAGGUUCCCUACAGGAGAACUUCCUCCAGUUUAUCCAAAGAACCAGCAACAUAGCCGAAACCCUGUCCGGCUCUGGCAACUCCUGUGACAAAAACACUAUGGACCAAGGUACAAAGAUCCCUGGACUAAUACCUGAGGAGCAUGCUUAGACACUGACAACAUGAGUUAUGUUCUACAGCCCUAUAAAUAAGCAAUUUCAGGGUUUUUUUUGUUUUGUCUUAUUUUUGUUUUUGUUUGCUUGCCUUUUUGGACAGAUUUAUAUUUCAUUUCACAUUUUAAGUCUUAAAACAAUACUGACACAUCCAUAUUUACACUCAAAUGAUUAUUUCUGUUCUGUGCAAAAAAAAAGUUUUUUUUUGUUAUACUUGUAACAAUGACUGUGGAUUUUGUCCCCCAACACCAGGGGAUC